AUGUUUUCAAUAACGAACAUUUGGUCAAAUGAUCACAAAUACAGAUUUUCACUAAUACUACUACUACUAAUUAAUUUAAAUUUUAUAAAUGCAAUAUAUUAUCCACCAGCUCAAUUAUCAGGUUGUUAUUCUUCUAUAUCAAAUACAAAUAGUCAAUCACAAGGAGAUUAUAAUUUCCAAUCUUCAGGUUAUUGUACUCAUAAUUCUUGUCCAAAUAGUAUGUAUGUUGCUAUAAAGGGAGAAGAAUGUAUAUGUUUAGAUAAAUUACCAAAUUCAAAUUCCAAAAUUUCAAAUUCAAAUUGUAAUACUCCUUGUACUGGUUAUGGACAAGAAAUGUGUGGUGGUUCAAAUUCUUAUUCAGUUUUCAUUGGAGUUAAUAAUGAUAAUUCAAAUUCUAAUAACAAUGAUGAUAAUGAAUCUUCUUCAUCAGCAAGUAAUUCUGGUUCAUCUACUUCAGGUAGUAAUAGUGGUAAUGCUGCUGCUGCUUCACAAUCAUCAACAUCUUCAUCAUCACCUAACAACAGUCCAUCACAAUCAACAUCAAAUCGUGAAACUACUACUGAAACACCUAAUCAAUCAACUAAUCAAACUCCAGAAAGAGUUACAAGUACAGUAACAUCAAGUAAUGGAGAUGGAUCAGUAAUUUAUAGAACAAUAACUCAAACUGAUUCAUCAAUUGAAACUCAUAUUUCAACAACUUCAACAAAUUCAGAAACUCAAUCACAAUCAUCUUCAACAUCAAAUUCAAGUGAUUCAAGUGAUAAUAGUGACGACAGUAACAAUGAAAAUCAUAAAAAAUCAGUAGCUCCAAUUAUUGGAGGUGUAGUUGGAGGAGUAGUUGGAGCAGCAUUAAUUGGAUUAUUAGCAUUUUUCAUUAUUCGUAAAAGAAAUUCAUAUGAUGAUGAUGAUUAUGAUGAUGAAGAAGAAUUUUAUGAUGAUAAAAAUAAUAAUUUAAAUAAUGGUUUAGGUGGUAGUGGUGGAUCAUUUAAUAAUAAAAAUUCAUCAAGAAAAAAUUCAAAAAGAAAUAAUGGAAAUACCAACGGAAAUAAUAAAGUAUCACCAUUAGAUAUGCCAAUGGUUAAUCCUUUUCAACAUCCAAAUGAUGAUUUAGUUUCAUCAUCAACAACAACAACAACACAAGGUAAAAGAAAUUCAAUAUUUGGUUUAGGUAGAUCAAAAACUCAAGGAGGAGGAUUUAUUGAUCCAAGAUUAAAUCCAAUAAUGAUGGGUAGAAGAAGAUUAAGUGAAGGUUCAUUAGUUGAUGAAGCUGAUUAUUCAAGAAAAGUUUUACAAGUUGCAAAUCCUGAAUAA